AUGACAGAGACGCCGCAAUCAGCUCCGAACCGAGUCAACAGACAUGGACUGCUUGCGACGGCUCAGCUCAGUCAAAACCCUUCAGCGCCGAUCUCCAACAGCCCGCAAGGGGCACCCGUCAUUUCCAGAUACCAGAGAGAUGCUAAGACUCCAGAGGAUGACCCACUGGACAAUAUCUACACCGCAGUAAUGUGUCAAGACCGCUCAAGGACUCCAGACCCUGAAAUGCGCAACUUGGACCUCAAAAACAUUGGUCUACCUGCCGAGGAAGUCAAAGGUCGGCCUGCCGGGCCUAACGGUGACCUGGAUCCUUUGAAACUGGUCAUGUAG